AUGUUUUUAGUUCAUCAAUAUCCAAUUCGCUUGAUAACAGUCGUUGAUCAAUCAUCAACAUCAAAACAACCUACAUCUGCUCCAUUGCCACCAUCUUCAGUAACCAAAACGACGAUUUCUUCAAGUACCAAAAUUGUUGAAUUACCUAAAAUACAACUUCAACGUUUUGAAAUGGAUGCACGCAAACGAAAAAGUCCGUCAGCUCAAGUAUCUAAACAAAAUAUAUCAGUAUCAAAUCAACCUCAACCAGCAACUCCAUCACCAUCGACAGCAACUCCUCGACCUCCUGUAUCAACAGAAGUGAUUAAAGUUCUUCCAGUAACAGUAUUUGAGUUUAAUGGAUCAUCUGAUUAUUAUGAACAUAUGUCACCAUUUAUUGAUACCAGUGCUCUUCAUCUUAUUUGUAUCCAUACAGCUGAUUUUCAUCAAACAACUCCUGCAUCUAUUGAAGAUAUAUUCAAUGGUAAAUUUGAUAUACUAUCAUCUAAUACUAUUACACAAUUAUUUCAAUUAUUACAACUGCUGUGUGAAAAGGCAAGUAAAACACGUGCAAUUAUGAUCUUACCUGUUGCUACAUGCAUUGAUUUAUAUGAUAAACGAGCUAAUCAAGAUAAAAUUGAAGUUUUAGAAAAAAUUAAUAGUUUCUUUAAAUUUUAUCUUCAAUAUCGUAUUGAUCGAAUAAAACAUGAAAUGGAAUCAAUACAUUCUCUUCACACGAUUUCAUCAUCACUUUCCGAUCGUCUUAAAACAUAUACGUCGUUACUUAAUAUUACUAUUCAAAUUGAACCGUGUCAAUCAAUUAGUUCGUUAACAUUUCAAGGUAUUGAUGAACUUAAUCGGACAAUUCAACGAUGUGUAUUAACACAAAAACCUAUAUUUCCAUAUGUCGAUCGAAUAUUACCAACAUUAUGGGCUGAAACAAAUCAAUAUAUUGAAUCUUUAGCUGAAUCUUUACCUGUUCCAUAUCUUCUUUGGGAAAAUUAUAGUGAUCGAGUUAUUAGUAAACAUGGUCUUGCACAUUUAAUAAAUGAUAUAACACUUUCAUUACAUGAUGAAGGAAAAAUUUUAGUUUUAAAUGAAAUAUCAACAACAGAUCGUGUUGUUUUUCUUCGUCCAUCAUGGUUAACUGAUCUUUUAUAUAAUUUAUUUCGUCAUGAUAUGUCAACAACAUAUCUUGAUUAUGAAAAAAAUGAAAUUUUCUCUUUAACUAAUCUUUCAGAAUCAAAUUUUCAAACAUAUAAAAAAGAAUUUCUUCAAUAUGGUCUUUUACAUUCCGAUCUUCUACGUUCAUUAUGGUUUGGUUUAUUACAUAAAAAAGAACAUUUUUUUUAUUUAUGGUUAACAAUAAUGCGAUUUUUAUUAAUAGCUUAUCCAAAAAUGAAUAAAGGACAAUUAAAACGUCUCAUUCAUGUUCAAACACCUGAUCCAUUAUUAAAAAAUGAAAAAAAAUCAGAACGAUUAAUUGAUGUAAAACAGAAUCCUGAUGUUCGAGAAGAAAUUAAAUUUGAUUAUGCUAUUGUACCUUAUUAUUUACCAUUAAUUAAUCAAAAUGAGCAACAAGACGAACUAAAACUGUUUACUAAUAGUUUAAAAAAUAUUAUCAUUAUUCGUUAUACAAGUCAAUCAUUACCACUUGGAUUUUUUCAUCGAUUUUCUGUUUCAGCGAUAUUAAGAUUAAAUAUUAUUUAUAAAAAACAUUGGAAUAAUUUUAUUUUAGGUGAACAUGAAGAAAAAGAUGUGAGAUUUCUUAUGGAAACAGAUCAUCGCACAUAUAUUAUAUGUCAUUGUGGUACUAAUAUUGUUGAACAAUCCUUAGAAGAAAUUUGGAAUGUACUGAUGCCUAUACUUAAUCAUUUUGAAGCAGUAUUAACAAAUCUAGCUCCCAGUAAUCUAUUUGAUCGUUCUGUUCAAUGUCCACAUUGCAAAAAAUUUUCAUUUAUGGGUGAAUGGACAACACCCAAAGAAUUACAAUGUAUUAAAAUGAAAGCAUGCCUAUUAUGUGGUCAAAAUGUAGAUACAGCUCGUCUCGUACAACCUAAUGAAAGUAAACGACGAAGUGAAGAACUUUUGAGACGAAUUCGUGAACGGCAUGCCAAGAAUACCACCAAAGCGCCAGAUGACGUACAACAAACAACUUCGCCUACUACUCAUUUAUUAGUAUCACCGGUGUGA